AUGCCCGCAUACUUGGACUUCAUGCUGGUUUUCGGUGGGCAAAGUGACGCCAAAGACCCUCGCUUCAGUGGAUUUCAUGAGCAAGUACGUCUAAAAGGCCCCCGCAAUGUACACUCAGCACCCGAGUUGUGCCGAAGUGGUAAACACUACCAGCUUUGCUACAACUUGAAAAGUGUGCAACUCAAGAAGGAGAGCAACGAGGACAUGAGACUUGAUGAAUGGUCAAUCCGAGAUGCUGCGAUCUACCAUCGGUUUGACGUAGAAUAUGGGACCACCCUGUGGAUUGUUACCAAGGGCGGCAAAGACUUACGCGACCGCUACGCAGAACUCACUAGGUCAGCUGGCCGGCCAGGUCACAACAUGUACACUGAUACAACAUCAUGUUUCGAGUUAACGCUUAUGACACAUCUGCUGUACUGUCAGUGGUCAACGGAGGACUGGAGAUGGUACAUCGUCUGGCUUGAAAGGGUGGUAGAGAAAGAGAGCGGAAUGGCAGUCAACGGACCACGUGGCCCUGGCUUUGCAUAUCAACAAUACGAAGCAUGGGAUAUUCAAGACCUGCAAUAUUGGCAAGAUAAAACUAACGAAGCGGUCAUGGUCCUUCACGCGAACGCUGAGAUCUUAACAACUCUACGCAGGUUUUACUCGAACCUGAUGGCGCACAAGGAUUUCCCUGACACGUUGAAAACAUCGUGUGAAGACCAGUUAUCCGACUUCCUUUCGCAGCUCGACGAGAUCACUGCCGAGUUCGAUAUGCAAAUAGCCAGAGCAAAGCUUCUGGUAAACAUCAUCAGCGACAGGAAACAGCUGGUAUUACAGCAUCUGCAAACCCAAGUCUCGGAUCGAACGGAACAGCUCAACAAGAAUCUCGAAAGAGAGACUGUCGUCAUGCGUAUCAUUACAAUCUUGACCUUGAUCUACCUUCCGGCUACAUUUGUCUCAACAUUCUUCAGCACCGACAUUAUCAAGUUCCAGGACCAGAAUCAGAACUCCGCGAAUUACGAGAAUGGCUCGUUCUCCAACCUCGCCCUAGAGCGAUGGCUUCAGGUCACGAUACCACUGACUGCUCUGACGCUCUUUGGUGCAUGGUCUACAUAUCGCUUCUACAGCAUAUCGGCAAGGGAUCUGACUGUCACCGAGCGCUUGAAGCGCGCAAUGUUGUAUACGGCACCUCCAUCUCCAGAAGCAGACUCUUCUGCACAGAUGCCACCAAACGAUGGCUCUAAUACCCCAAGCGUAACCAUUGAGGGACCAGCGAAGCGCUUGACUGCAUCGAUCUCUCGCUUUGCUUUAAACGCACAGAAGUUCGGGAAGGAUCGUACUGUCCUUCCUCAAUAUGAAGGCAGUGAAGCCAAAGCUGGAUGA